AUGGAUAGCAGUGGUAUGGCAGCCUCCGACGGGACAUCAACGGGGGUAAAACGUGGAUUGGAUCAGAGCUCUGCUAGUGGUGGUGACGAGGCUCCUAGUCUGCCGCCUGAGAAGAAGCCGGCCAUAGCAGAGUUGGUGGCCAAGGCAGCUGCAGCUGCUGCUGCUGCCGCUGCGGCGAGAGUCACUUCAAGUGCCCAGCAGCAGGGGGUGAUUCUGCAACCACAGACCUCGCAGUCACCGGCCCAGCAGGGACCUCUCGGUCGUCCACCGAUGCCUACUACUCCUCCGGCUCGGCUAGAUAUCACUCCUGGAGGGGAGAAUAGCGCUUCGAAGUUCUAUGGUGCCAUAAUAGCAUCAUCACUUCCUGAGGAGUUUGUUCGUGAAGUGAAGUGCCCGCACUCAGUGAUGGGAAGGAUCAUCGGGCCCCGUGGGGCGACCAUCAACCAGCUGCAGAGCACUACACUGUGCAAGAUCCAGUGCCAACCAGGGCAGCCGGGGGGCUUUGCUCGAGUGAAGAUAUCAGGGCCCACGCAGACCUGCGUCGAUGGUGCGGUGACAUAUGUUCAAGCGAUGGUCGGCAACUGGGAUGACUACACUGAUGAGCAGCUCAUGCAGGCUGGUGGCAAGGAAAUACGGAAGGAGAUCCCUCUACCCUACAUACACGUGGGCAGUGUUAUCGGCCCUAAGGGGUCUGUUAUCAAAACUAUCGAGGCCGACACCGGAGCUAAGCUACAAGUUGGUAAGUCCGUGUGA